AUGGAAUCCAUUGGCUCCUCCGUGGCGAAUGUAGAUCGACACCUCGAUGCCAUUGAGUACUCACUCGGGAGGAUGCAGCGGCAUUCCAGAAGGCCCAUCACACCAUUUAACUUAAUUACAUCACGCAAUAAUCCCACUGAAAAGGCGAGACAGAGUAGUCAUUCACAGCCUUGGACAAGAAAGGCAUCAUCAAGAGAUCUAGAUAGACAGCUUUCCUCAGCUCAUCAUACGGGUACAAGUGUGGAAGCAAAUGUGGGUAGAUCACAACCACAAACAAGUAAAAGUGUAAGUGUAAGAAAAGGCAAGCCACUUGACUUGCGUUCGUGGAAAGGCGGUAGUAGUAGUAGUAGUAGUAGUAGUAGUAAUGUCGGCAUUGCCCCGUCUGCCGCAAUGCCCGCACAACUGCCGCAAUGUAUUUCGCGUAAAUCUAGAAAAGGUGAGAGUAGCGAUAAGAAAACGUUAGGUGGUACAUAUCGUUUCAAAAAAUCACCUAAACAACGCAAGUCGAUGCCACUUCAUCACUCUUUCACAUCAUUGCUCAGCUCUAGUUCAUCUACACUGUUUCAAGAUUCAUCCCCAUCCUCUAGAACCUCAUCUUGCUUUUCUCAUUCACCCUCAGCAUCAGAGAAACUAUGUCCCCUAUUGGUGUCUACUGUAUCAACAGCACUGACAUCAGCUAGUAUUGCAUCCUUCUCAUCCAUAGAAAACAGCACCGCAGGCGAACUCGCAACACGAUGGUUGCAGUGGCGCAAAGCAUCGUACGACCUCCUUGCUUCACACUACGAAAAGUGUCACGGAUUAUUCCUCAUCACUAGAAAAAGGGGACAUCGCGGUGCUUACACUAUAAAUGCUCUCGAUACUUCAAACGAGGAAAGGCAUCAACAGAGAGAAGCAGGACAACCAAACGACAGUAGAGAAUACCUUACUACGCCAAGCGAAAGCAUUGCUUCGCUAGAUUCUAUAAGUGAAGAUGAGGAUACCUUCGAAGUAUAUAACAACAGCAAUAUCAUUAAAACCAAACAGCACCCUCAUAAUACACCAAGCAAUGUAUCAUCUCAACGAAAUAAUACUGUGCAACAGCACCAGAAACAGUACAUACAACAGCCUGGAACACCAUCAGAAAUGAGAAGAGAGGUCAUUGCUGCUGUAGAGCGUGAGGCGGCAAAACGCAAUCUGGAGACCCGUCAACGCUUAGUGGACAGGGAGGACGCUGAGCGAGAUGCUCUGGAGCAGGAUGAGGACGAUUGCUUCACCCAUCUGCUAGAACUAAUGGGAAAAGAGGCCAUUGUGGUUGCACAGCGUGAGGCGGCAAAACGCAAUCUGGAGACCCGUCAACGCUUAGUGGACAGGGAGGAGGCUGAGCGAGAUGCUCUGGAGCAGGAUGAGGAUGAAUGCUUCACCCAUCUGCUAGAACUAAUGGGGGAACAUGUCAUUGCUGCUGUAAAACGUGAGGCAGCACGUGUGGCAGCCGAAUUUGCCGCGCUGCUAGACGCCGAAUCUGCUGAACGACACACAAUAGAGGCAGAGGUCCUUCGUGCAGCAACUGCCCUCGAGCGAGACCUGCAGCGCAGUUCCCGGAGUGCCAUUAACCGCGAGAGACGCCGGCUAGCUGCUGAGGCGACCUCAAGAGCACGUGCUCAGUGUGAAUCCGAGACAAUUGCCGCUUCGGAGUCGUCUCGGCAACAGAGUGUCAUGGAAGAACACCAGAAACAGUACAUACAACAGCCUGAAACACCACCAAAACUUGUAAGAGAGGACCUUGCUGCUGUAGAGCGUGAGGCGGCAAAACGCAAUCUGGAGACCCGUCAACGCUUAGUGGACAGGGAGGACGCUGAGCGAGAUGCUCUGGAGCAGGAUGAGGAUGAAUGCUUCACCCAUCUGCUGGAGCUAAUGGGAAAAGAGGCCAUUGUGGUUGCACGGCGUGAGGCGGCAAAACGCAAUCUGGAGACCCGUCAACGCUUAGUGGACAGGGAGGAGGCUAAGCGAGAUGCUCUGGAGCAAGAUGAGGACGAUUGCUUCACCCAUCUGCUGGAGCUAAUGGGAAAAGAGGCCAUUGUGGUUGCACGGCGUGAGGCGGCAAAACGCAAUCUGGAGACCCGUCAACGCUUAGUGGACAGGGAGGAGGCUAAGCGAGAUGCUCUGGAGCAAGAUGAGGAUAAAUGCUUCACCCGUCUGCUAGAACUAAUGGGGGAACAUGUCAUUGCUGCUGUAAAACGUGAGGCAGCACGUGUGGCAGCCGAAUUUGCCGCGCUGCUAGACGCCGAAUCUGCUGAACGACACACAAUAGAGGCAGAGGUCCUUCGUGCAGCAACUGCCCUCGAGCGAGACCUGCAGCGCAGUUCCCGGAGUGCCAUUAACCGCGAGAGACGCCGGCUAGCUGCUGAGGCGACCUCAAGAGCACGUGCUCAGUGUGAAUCCGAGACAAUUGCCGCUUCGGAGUCGUCUCGGCAACAGAGUGUCAUGGAAGAACACCAGAAACAGUACAUGCAACAGCCUGAAACACCACCAAAACUUGUAAGAGAGGACCUUGCUGCUUUAGAUCCAGUAUAUUAUUGGUCCGAUAAACUAAAUACUGUUGCUGAUAUAUGUAUGAAGUUAGAUGGGGUUGCUCAAACGCCCGAGCAUAGGAGUGGGGUCCGUUCUGCUCAGACGGAAGCAGCUUACUUUGGUAGUAGUACUAUCGCUUCUCCGGUGGCAAUAACCACAGCUGCGGCCCCUCCGAACAACACUGCGGAACAGUGGAAGCAGCUCUAUUUGCUUUCGGAGACAAUACAAACUAAUUUCCCUGGGUUGAGUACUACCGUAGUGGCUGUCCAGACUGAUAUCAAGGAAGAGGAAAAUACCGCUCCUCGCAUAGGCGUCCCUGUACGAUCUAGUCGAACCUCACAGACACUGAUGGCAUUGCAUGUCGCCGUUCAGACAAGUGAUGAAAUGGCCCAAAAUGCCAAUUGCGAAGGAACACAUGGCGUUCCUACCAUCCCCGCUUUCACGUCAGAGAAUAAUAAUAAAGCAAACCUGUUAGCUGAAUUAGACUAUUGUAUUUUCCCUGAAGACGGUAAUUCUGAGUUUCAGCAGAAAAGAAUGCACCAUCAAGUGGAAGAAGAAUACCAUAAAUCCAACGUUGUGGUGAGCAGUUCUUCAAGCUCAGUAAGACCACUCUCAUCUCAUGGCAGAAAGGCAGGUACUACUGGUAUGAAGGCGAAAAAAGAAGUGUGUGUUACAACCGCACACCAUGGUUUGGAGUUAUUAACGGAUGAGCAAGACUCACCAAAUGUGGUAGUGCCAAUUGAACAGGAUACAUCUCCUGGAGUUGGGGACGCAAAAAGCAUGCAUAAGGGACGCUCAAGCAAGAGACGAGGCGGUAGCAACAGUAGUGGUGGAGGUGCUGAUGGUAUCCCUCUUGCUGCUGAUUCUACUACCGCCCCUGGUGCAUACUCUGAUGAAACGCAAUGGCAUAUGCGUGAUAGUUUGAGUUUUGAUGAGGAUAGACAAGCUGCCUCUUCGCAAUGGGGGUUUGAUGUGUUUGAUACAGGUUUGUAUGGUGAUGAUUAUCUACAGGCUGCUGUAUUUCGUGAAUUGCUACGGGUUGAGAUUCGGCACCGGCGUCACGUAGAGCGACAUGAAGUGAUGGAACGGAAUGAGCUCCGGUGGGAGGAGUUGACUCACUUCCGUGUAUUAGUGAGGAAUAUUGCUUCUGCUGCUAUUCCCACUUCUUCUUCUUCUCAUAUUCCAGCUGCAAUUCCAGCAGAUGCCGAGUGUGUUGUGGCACAUGUGGAUUCUGCGGAACCCAACACUGCAUGCACUGCGGAUGAUGCAUUGCGAUGGUCUGCUGCGGAUGAGAAGGAGAAUAUCACACCGAGAACAGAAAUCCCGAGACCAUUCGCAACGACGGAACGAAAGUCAUCCACUGCUUGGUGUGUGGAUAUGAUAGAUGGACCUUGUGGGACGCCACCGCACCUCCGUCACCGGCCAUGGGCACCAAUGCUUACCCGUCGGGCUUCCUGGAUCAGGGAUGACAAGAACCACAAUAACUAUAAUAACAGCGGCGGAACAAAAACGCCGUCGUUAGUGGGGUCAAUAACAAAGAAGAAAGGAAAGAAGGGGAAAGUUGUCUCGUUUUCAAGGAGUCCGGGUACACUUCCAUAUAGUACUGAGAGUGAAGAAGAGCUACUACUAGAAACUUAUGAAUAUCAUCCACAUGAUAUGACUUUAUACCAGACGCCUGAGAGUGUUCCCGCUAAAAGAAGUACCAAAUCUACGCCUGGUUAUGCUCAGCAGUAUAAACAGCGUUUAAUGCGGCAGCAGAGUGCAGAUGGGGUAUAUGCGAAGGAUCCUCUCUACUGUAGGGUAACGACAUGUUUUCUGGAAUCUGCAGAGUGGCGUUAUCAGAAGAUGUACGUUGAUCAACAGUUAUAUAGAUCGCCAUAUGUGGAACGACGUAGUGGUAGCGCUCGCAAAUGCGCUGACGUCAUAUGCGAGGAGGUUGGACGAGCACAUAGCUCCUGGUAG